GUUUUACUAAACAAGAUGUGGAAUAGGUACAUUUUUGGUUUAAUGCUAGCGACCGUAAGUUUGCAGAUUGUGAGCGGCCUGACUUGCUAUAGCUGCACUUCACCUAGUAGCUGCGUCAAUCCCAGCACCCAGGUCUGCUCCGAUAGAACAGCCGAUGAGACCACCGCCUGGCUGAACACCAUACACAAGUUUGUACCCGUCGUAGAGAGUAGUGGAAGCUUUUUGUGCAUGAACCUCACAUACUAUUUUGAAAGCAACAACUCCAAGAUCCAUGAAUAUCUGGGCUGUUAUCACCCCGACAUUCCUGUUUGCAUCUUACCGCUAAACGCAUCCAUCAGCGAUACCUGGAAGAAAGGUUGCCAGAGCUGCAACAAAGACAAGUGCAAUCGCAAUCCAGCCGGAACUUUCAGCAAGAGCUUCUAUACCAUUACAGUCGCUCUGAUCAUCGCCAAAUUAGCCUUCUAAAAAAAAGCUGUAGCGAAAUCUUGUAAAUCG